UUAAGUCAGGCAAGCAAUUCACUUCAGUCGGUGCUCAACCGUCGAUCGAGCUUGGUUAUAGUUCAAAGCACCUGUGCAAAAAAAUCAAGAAGAAGAAAAAAAAAGAAACAUAAUACAACAAAUAGUGAUUUGUACAACAGUCUUUUUCACAUAACAUUUGGAGCACUUAUUGAGAAAUUUUCUACCAGUGAAAGAAGUGUUUUAUAAGUUAUUGAGUGUUGCAGAUCAUUUGAACAUCAGGAAAAGAAGUUGUGGAAGUGCUUGGGAAAAAAAAUUCCCUCUUCGUGAGUGUGUUUUGGAAGAAAAGCGAAAGAAAGUGUGCAAAAACCCAUCAUUAAUCAGUAGCUUCUAAAGGCAUCUAGCGAAGAUGACACUCGUCAGUAAAAUUGUCCAGAUUAUUCUGGUUAGUUGCUGAAGAUCUGCACAGGGAUAUUCCCAUACGAUCAUCUUUCUCGUCGAUGUUGGGUACUGACUAAUUACUACAAGAAAAUGACAACAGCGAUUGAAGAUCAUUUAGUGGACACUAAAUUGUCCACUCUCUGGCUCUGGGGAGAAUUUAUCGGUGUAAUUCUUAUUCUUUGCCUCAUCAUAAUUCUCAUAUCAAUCCGAAGGGGACAUGGAAUGAUUACGUCGAAUCGUUUUAAGAAAUCUCGCAUUCUGAUCACCAAUGGCACUUCCCUCUUGUCGCGGGAACUCCAUCAUCAACUGUCCACGCGUCAUCAGUGCCAAGUGGUUCUCGUGUCCGACUCCAAAGAUACCACGAGCACCGUGCAGAAGUUCGAUCUGACAAAUGGGAAUGUGGUGAAUCUCAACUGUGACAUGUUGUGCCAUCAGCAGAUGAAUUCCCUGGCAGAGUAUGUUUGGAAUGAGCUGGGUUCUGUGGAUGCCAUCAUCGACGUUGAGGAGGAAGUGCAAUCUGAUGAUGUUUGUGAUGUUGUUCAGCAAACUGGAACAAAUAUUCAGCGUUUCUUGAAUCUCGUAACGAAUUUCGCCCCGAAAAUGCAUCAAUGCGGUGGCGGUCAAAUGGUCACGGUUAGGAGCAAUAUCAAUGCAGCUGGAGCUUGUAUCUCCAGUCGCAGUGAUGUACUCAAUCUGAUGCAGCUGACACACAAUCAAGCCACCAAUUUCAUCGUCAACAUCCAGCUGACGACGAUAUUUCUCAACAAUCAAGGAAGCACCUUCAAUGUUGGCGGUUUAAUGCAUUACCUGGGCGUCACGUCCGAACUGACAAUGGCUGAGGUGGCUGAUCGCAUGAUCAGAGGGCUCCAAACGGGCAAGGACAAUUUAGAGAUCAAGUCGAGAAGAAGUCUGAUAGAUUUUAUUGUAAGGAAACUAAGAAAACAGGACAACUCCGAGCUACUUUGCAAUUCCAAUAUAUCAACAUCAUUGAAAAAUUGUCAAUGAGACUCUUGGAAAAUAAAGUUGAUCAAUGAGGAA